AUGGCUGAUGUUGUUCUUAUUUGGCUGGAUAAGUGUGUACAACAGUUGCCUUUAACUCAGUUGGGAGAACUCCUAUUCUCUUUAUGGGGGAUUUGGAAGGAGAGAAAUGAUCGGAUAUGGAAUCAAAAGCAGAGGGUAGCGGGGGAUGUUAGUGUUGGUCUUGUGUCCAGGUUGCAGGAGUUUAGGUUCCAUAAUUUGCUGCCUUCCGGACCUAGAAGACAGCUAAGGGUAGUGUGGAGAGCUCCACCGGUAGGUCUGGUAAAGAUUAACGUUGAUGGUUCUUUUCAUCAUGUUACUCGGAAGGGUGGACUGGGUUUUGUGGUUAGGGAUGCGAAUGGGAUCAUGUUGGGAGGUGGCGCUAGUCAGUUGAUUGGCUUAAUAUCGCUGGAACAUGCAGAGAUUUUGGCGUGUAAAGCUACACUUGAGUUUGCACUACAGCAUGGUUUUGGUCCUGCAAUCUUGGAGACUGAUGCUAUGAAAGUCCAACGACAACUCUCCUCUGAGGUUUCUGCCAACACAUCUUUGCUGGGCAGGCUAUAUGAUGAUGUAAUGGCUCUGGGAGCAGCUCAGGGUGUUCUUCAUGUGAGUCAUGUGGGUAGACAAGGCAAUAUGGUGGCCCAUGUGUUGGCUAAUCAUGCUUGCUCUCUUAGGCAGGCCGGAUUCUUCUUUUCAGUUCCAGUUUUAUUACAAGCUGCAAUUGCAGCUGACGUUUGUACUGUGUAA